AUAAAAUCGCAUUCAGACAUCGUUGACAUCGUUACAAAACUGAAGACUAUGAAUGCACGUCGACAUGAUCUCAAGGACAGCCUUAGUGUUUUAGUGGUAGACUUGGUCGAACGUGAUGGCGAUACACUCGUGUGUGAGGCCAUUGACUUGGCCGCCAGACUUUGGAUAAUGGUUGAUAUUGGACAACUGUCAUGGGGCUUUGUUCCAGGCCAAAAAUCAAUGCAGUGGGAAGACGGCAAGUUGACAGAGCUCCUGCACAAUCGCUUCGGGGAUCCAGGCCCAUCGAAGCUAGGGAUCAGAGUUAAGUUGGAGAGGCUAUUUACAGCACGUAAUCUGGAACGUAUUGCAGGGCUCCAGAUAGUCUGGACCAGCAAUCUUUCGGAUCACCUGAAGCUAAAGGAUGACGACACAAGGGUCGCGAUCUUCUAUCACGCAACUUUCCUCAAACACCACAACAAGGAAUGUCACCCGUUCCCACCUGGAUUCUUUGAGGAGACAGAACGAACGCUCGCACUUCUAAUACCCCAAUACGACAUAAACUCUACUCGCUGGUUCAAGAUUCAGCAGAGAAAAUUCGGACUCGAUUAUAUGGCGUCGUCUACUGGCCAUCUCACAACCGAAGAGCGUCAGAUAGAGAACUUUGUCUUUUGGCAUGAUCGACUUUGCAUCUUGAAGCAAGUUUUUGACGAGGCUGAGCCUGGUACAAUUGCCCAAUGGUGGUGUGAUAGACGACGCAGGGUCCAGUGGUAUACGUUCUGGGUGGCUGCUCUUGUCCUUGCUCUGACAAUUUUCUUUGGAAUGAUUCAAUGUGUUGAGGGAGGUCUACAAGUGUACAAGGCAUACUACCCGUCGUGAGAAUGUAAUGAUUCUGUGUUUGUUGGAAGACAUUCAGGAAAUGGAGUUUUGAAAGGUUGGUGAUGGAAAAUGGGCACCUUGUUUCAAGUCCACUGUCAGGUUUCGUUAAAGAUUAAACACAUGCAAAAGAUAUUCAAUCUCGAGGAUAUUGGGAGAUCGGUUGAGAGGAUGCUUUUAAUUUCACAUUAGGAGAAGAUGCCGAGAUAAUGUCC